AUGGAAUCAAAGGUCGAUGAAAACAACAAUAAUAGUAAUUUGGGUUAUGCAGGCCAUAAGAAGAGAAAAAAAAGGAACACUGUACCGGCGUUCGUUAUGUACAGAGAGCGAGGAGGCGUGGGAUCCAAAUCGGAGGUAACUUCCGCUGAUCGGAAGCGAAUCAACGACGUGCUCGAUAAACAGCUUGAACGGUCCUCGCCGUCCACAUCCAGAGCCGCCACCAUCAACGGCAAGGACCGCUCAUCCUCCUCAUCCCUCUUAGCCGCCGCCAAAGACUCCCGCUCCACCUCCGUCACCGCUCCCAUCUCCAAGAAUUCCAACGCUUCCGACGAAGAAUCUGAAACAGACAGCGAGGAGUCUGAUGUUAGUGGUUCCGAUGGAGAUGACACGUCUUGGAUCUCGUGGUUCUGCAAUUUGAGAGGAAAUGAGUUCUUCUGCGAGGUUGAUGACGAUUACAUCCAGGACGACUUUAACUUGUGCGGAUUAAGCAGUCAAGUGCCUUACUAUGAUUAUGCUCUGGAUUUGAUUUUGGAUGUUGAAUCUUCCCAUGGUGACAUGUUUACCGAGGAACAAAAUGAGUUAAUUGAAUCAGCAGCAGAGAUGCUUUAUGGUCUGAUUCAUGCCCGGUACAUAUUGACAAGCAAAGGAAUGGCUGCAAUGCUGGACAAGUACAAGAACUAUGAUUUUGGCAGAUGCCCAAGAGUUUACUGCUCCGGACAACCUUGUAUUCCAGUUGGUCAGUCAGACAUCCCUAGAUCCAGUACUGUGAAAAUAUACUGCCCUAGGUGUGAAGACAUUUACUAUCCCCGGUCCAAGUAUCAAGGCAACAUUGACGGAGCUUAUUUUGGAACUACAUUUCCUCACCUGUUCCUCAUGACUUAUGGACAACUAAAGCCACAGAAACCAUCACAGAGCUAUGUUCCGAGAGUUUUUGGCUUCAAACUUCACAAGCCAUGA